AGUGAAAGUAACAAGGAUCCAUUUUUGUUAAGAGAGGAGAAAGUACGCGAGAAGAAUAAAACGUUCAGGAUAAUACUGUAGGUCUACAAUUCGAGAGACUGGCAAACAGUGACUGUAACGCAAACGAAAACCCCAUUGUUUUUUCUGCGAAUUACUGUAAAUGAUGCCAUGGCCUCGAUCUACAAAGAGUCUGUCUGAAGAAAGUGAUACAGAGACAAUGAGAACAACGAAGAGGCACAAGAACGCAAGAAACACUCGGGCUUCUCCGCAGCACGAGCACAGAAGGUGCACACGGCCGUUUUUAAGGGCGCUUUCCGGGACUGAUCCCGUUAAUGUUAUAGGUCCCCUUUCCGGAAUUAUUUUUCGGAUCUAUCCGGGAUGCGUUUGCGUUCACACAGAAGGCACUCUGGCAAUUUUUUGGCAAUUUUCCGGGAUCAGCAGGCUGUGUGAAUGGGGAUUUAACAUUGUCAGCAUUUGAGACCCGUGAUCGCGCACCGGACAGAAGAUCACCGCGAUCGCGGGUCUCAAAUGCUGACAGGUCAUAUAUCAUUAAACACCAUGCAACAUAUAGGCUAUUCAAAUUAUAUGCAAAGCCUUGCCAUCACAUCCAGGAAAUAAGUCAGUAAAUUUGAGUAAAAUCACAGGCUUCACUUAUCCCGUGCGAAUGCGCUCACAGACAAUCUCUGCAAUUAUUACAAAUGACCAGAGGUCCCCAGGUAAUACUAAUCCCGUGAGAAUAGGGCUUUAAUCAGGUUUUUAUAAUGUGGCAUUUUAAUUGAACUAUCGCUAAGACCCUCAAACGCAGAUCAGCCAAUGGCAGCUGAGUAUCAGUUGGACGGGGACAACUGGGGGUUUCAGCCAUGAGCUGUGUCCCAAUACGCCCUUUUCACAAUGACGUCACUUAACUUCCGCCUUUUUGCAAAGCAGUGUAUCAUAACAUCCGUCUUGCAACAAACAAGAAGAAGAAGAACUUCCGUUUUGCCGUCGCGCUGGAAUUUAACAACAGUGAGAAAAAAACUGACAGAACACGUAUUCAAGUACUUAUCCUAGCACCUUCGCUAACACAAAAAGAAAACAAGACACUUACCUUCAUAAUCAAACAGGUACUGUUCAACGAAGAAUUUGUAUCCUUUCUCUAGCUUUGAUCUUGUCGUUAGCGAAAAUUUGUCUGCAAGACGUACAUCAUCUAGAAGUAUUUGUGGCAGAUGUGCAAGCCACUUGGUAAACUCCAUUCUGAGGCGCUAGUGGAAGUAACUUCUUCUUCUUGAGUUUUACUGGCGGUUGGCAAAUCAGCUUAUAGGUGCAUUACCGCCACCUUAUGAACUGGAGUGCUAGCGGAAGUAAUGAUACACUGCUUCGCGGCAGAAUGGAAGAUGCGUGACGUCAUGUGAAAAGGGCGUAUUCAAGGGGCUGCAAGCUUUAAGGUCGCGGACUUAAAAACGAGAACUUGGGCCCUGUCCCAAAUGGCACACUUGCGGUCUCGUGGACUUAAAUUGCGCGUUCUCGCCAAGUCUACGAGUCUGUAAGGUGUCCCAUUUGUCUUUUUAGAGCUCAGAAGUCUGCUCACGAGCGCCUCCUUUGUGCCCUCGAUGAGGUCUUCGGUGAAGCCCGCAUUGACACAGACUCCACUGAAGUCCCCUACCCAGGAAUCCUUGCGAGCGCCCAAUCACAGAACGGAUGGGAGGAGUGUCGUGGAUGUCAGACAUAUACGUAAACAUGACGGAUACAUUUUUAAAUUGAACAUGAGAAAGAAUCUUUGGCACCCAGCUGCAUGUCCAUGAAAAGGGACACGUCAAUGGAUAAUCCAUUCAACUUCAUCUUAGGAGACUCUUCUGCUGAUGUGAGUCUGAAUGAGAAAGAAUCUCCUGAACCCAGCUGUGUGUCCAUGAAGAGUGACCAGUCAAUGGGUGUGCCUUUCAGCUUUAGCUCAGGAGACACUUUUGCUGAUGUGAGCAACAAACAAAAUCAAUGGAAGCAGUUGGAUUUUAUUUUCAUGGAACUUGAGCACAACAUUAUUUCUGUAAUGAAGAAAGAGCUGAAGAUCUUCAAGAUAUUACUGAGUCCAGAUUACUCUUCAUGCUCUGAGAGAGAGGAGGAGGAUGAAGAUCGGAGCAGAAUCAAAGAGAUGUUUCUAAAGAUCACACUGAACGUCCUGAAAAAGAUGAAGCAGACAGACCUUGCUGACAAACUACUGACCAAACUCGCCCCAUUGUGUGUGAAAAAACACAAAUCCAGACAAAAAGAAAAUUGUUUGAGACUUCAUGAAGGCAUAUCAAAUCAAGGGAGCUCAACCCUUCUGAAUGAGAUCUACACAGAGCUGUACAUCACAGAGGGAGGGAGUGGAGAGGUCAAUGAUGAGCAUGAGGUGAGACAGAUUGAGACAGCAUCCAGAAGAUCAGAGGCACAGGAAAGACAAGUCAAAUGUAAUGACAUAUUCAAAGUUUUAAAUGGACAAGACAAACAGAUCAGGACUGUGAUGACUACAGGAGUCGCUGGAAUUGGAAAAACAGUCUCUGUGCAGAAGUUCAUUCUGGACUGGGCUGAAGGAAAAGAAAAUCAGGACGUUCACUUCAUAUUUCCACUUCCAUUCAGAGAGCUGAAUCUGAUCAAGCACACAAAUAUAAGUCUAAUGGAUCUUCUGCAUCAAUUCUUCACUGACACAAAACACCUGAGAUCAACAGACUUUGAUGACUAUAAAGUUGCGUUUAUUUUUGAUAGUUUGGAUGAGUAUCGAUUUAAUCUUGAUUUCCAGAACAGCAGGAGUUUGUUUGAUGUGACAGAAUCAGCGUCAGUGGAUGUGCUGCUGACAAACCUCAUCAAGGGCAAUCUGCUUCCUUCUGCACUGAUCUGGAUCACCUCUCGACCAGCAGCAGCCAAUCAGAUUCCUCCUGAGUGUGUUGAUCAGAUGACAGAGAUACGAGGGUUCAAUGACCCUCAGAAGGACGAGUAUUUCAGGAAGAGGAUCAAUGAUGAGAGUCUGUCCGACAGAAUCAUCACACACAUGAAAUCAUCCAGAAGUCUGUACAUCAUGUGUCACAUCCCAGUCUUCUGCUGGAUUUCAGCCACUGUUCUCCAGAGAAUGUUGAGUGAAGCAGAGAGUCCAGCACAGAUCCCCAAGACUCUCACUCAAAUGUUCACACACUUCCUGAUCUUUCAGACCAAACUGAAGAGGCAAAAAUAUGAAGGGAAGUAUGAAGUUGAUUUUCAUCAGGCUAGAAAGAGUAUUCUGUCAAUGGGAAAACUGGCUUUUCAACAGAUGGAGAAAGGGAACCUGAUCUUCUAUGAGGAGGAUCUGAGAGAGUGUGGCAUUGAUGUCAGAGAAGCAUCAGUGUAUUCAGGAGUUUGUACCCAAAUCUUUAGAGAGGAGCCUGGACUACACCUUGAGAAGGUGUUCAGCUUUGUUCAUCUAAGUGUCCAGGAGUUUCUUGCUGCACUAUUCAAGUUUUUUUUCUUUGUACAAGACAAAGAAAAAAAGUGCAGUAUUUCUGAUUCACUGAAGAAUGAAGUGGACAAGGCCUUACAGAGUGAGAAAGGACACUGGGACCUUUUCCUUAGAUUUCUUCUGGGUCUCUCACUGGAGUCCAGUCAGACUCUCUUGCAAGGUCUACUGCCAAAGACAAGAAGCAGCUCAGUGAGCAGUCAGGAAAUAAAUAAGUAUGUCAAGCAGAAAAUCGAAGAGGACGUCUCACCAGAGAAAUCCAUCAAUCUGUUCCACUGCCUGAAUGAACUGAAUGAUCAUUCUCUAGUGCAGGAAGUGCAAAAAUACUUGCAAAGAAGUGGUAGUGCAAAGGGUACAAGUGGUAGUCAUCUCCCUGAAGCCAAACAAUGCAAACCUUGUCGUAGUAAUUGGCCAGCUCUCGUGUUUGUGUUGCUGAACUCAGAACUUGACAAGCUUACACUCAGUAAAUAUGAUCCAUCAGAAGAAUGUCUUUUGAGGCUGCUACCUGUGGUCAAAGCUUCUAGAAUAGCGGAUCUAAGUGGUUGUAAUCUCACAGAGAAGAGCUGUUCAGCACUGGCCUCAGUUGUGAGCUCAAAAUCCUCAAAUCUGAGAGAACUGAACCUGAGCCACAAUAAUCUGCAGGAUUCAGGAGUGAAGAUGCUCUCUGCUGGACUGGAGAAUCCUCAUUGUAAACUGGAGACAUUAAAGUUUCACAGCUGUGGUAUUACAGAUGAAGGUUGUAUUGCGCUGGCUUCAGCUCUUAUAUCAAACCCCUCACAAUUGAGAGAACUCAAUCUGAACUAUAAUAAACUAGGAGAUUCAGGAGUCAAGCUGCUCUCUGAUCUACUGAAGGAGCCACUCUGUAAACUGCAGAAGCUAAAGCUGGAACGCUGCAGCAUUGGAGACGAAGGCUUUGCUAUUCUGGUUUCAGCUCUGAGAUCAAACCCCUCACACCUGAUAGAACUCAAUCUAAGUGGGAAUAAACCCGGAGAUUCAGGAGUGAACCUGCUCUCUGAUCUACUGAGGAAUCCACACUGCAUAUUGGAAAAACUAGAGGUUUCGGACUGCAGCAUUGGAGAGGAAGGUUGUGUUGUUCUGGCUUCAGCUCUGAGAUCAAACCCCUCACACCUUAGGGAACUCUACCUGUCUAACAAUAAUAAACUAGGAGAUGCAGGAAAGAAGCUGCUCUUUGAUCUAAAACAGGAUUCACUAUGUAAACUGGAGAUACUACAUAUUUGUCCUGUAGCGGACACCAAUAAAAACUAAAAACCACAAACUUGGAGUAUAUGCUGUAGACAUAUUUGAGCUGUUGGCUCACAGGUAGGCUCAGAUUGGCCAUCGGGACCACCGGGAGAAUUCAGCCUGGCAAUUGAUUUUACCUUCUGCCAGCCAGCCGGUUUAUUGCUUACCCAAUGUACCAGAGUGAUAAGUCCUGAAUUUGGCCUGUUUCACGCUACUUUGGACUGUUUCACACUCCGUUUGUGUCAAGUACGCAUGCUGUGUUUUCAGUGCAUGUCUUUUUUCCCUUUGUCAUUUGAAAAAGACUAAAAAUAUGACUUUGCAUCACACACUUGUCUCAUUGAAUGUUAAGUCUGUGUCUGCCACUUCACUUGUUCAUUUGCCUGAAUAUAACAUCUGCGUCUGCUGAAUGUGACAUCUACGUCUGCAGCUUUACUCAAGUGGUGAUGGCUGCAGAGUCAAAUGGGUGGAGCUUCUGUGGAUCUAGUGAAGAGACCCUAACUAACUGUUAAUGUUAAUGCAAGUUUAGUUGUGAUCUGUUAUUUAAAAAAAAAAAAAUAUAUAUAUAUAUAUAGUGUGUUCUUUCUUUUUAGCAGUGUUAGUUAAAGCUAUAAAUAUAUUAUCAGACAAUAAAUAUUUAUGGCAUUAAUUCGACUGAUCUUCAAUUCUCAAUUUGUUUAAAUUAGCAACUAAAUCCAUCCUUGCCUAUAUAAGGCUUUUAAUUUGAAAUUUUUUCACAUAGUAUUAACACAAAUGAUCCUGUUCAGCAGUUUGUAUGCCAUUGCUUUCUUCUGCAUUGCUGCCACCUCUCCCAUCCAGACACUGACACUAUACCAGAUAGAGUGUACAGUAUAUGACUAUACAUGCUUAUAAUAUUAUAUUAUACUUACUGUAUAUUAUUUAUUGGAGGAACUUGGUUUUAACAAACCCUUACCAAUUUGAGUUGUAUUCUCAAUUUUUAAUUGUAAAUUUUGCAGGAAUACUUGCCUUGUUGCUGUUUUAAUUUCCUGAACCAUUCACAGAUCAAUAUAAACACCGUGCUGGGAGAGAUCCCCCAUUUAUUUUAACAUUCUGAGCAGGUGUACUUCAUAUAAACGUUAGAGGUUUUGUUUAGAGAAAAAUUCUCUCUUUCUCUCGACAGGUAUUGGUCUAGCUUUUGCUGAAACUACUAACUUUGUAUUAGCACCUAUUGUAUUAUUGCUCCUGUAUGACAUAUCGCUUAUUGCUCCCUGAACUCUCUGUAAGUCGCUUUGGAUAAAAGCGUCUGCUAAAUGACUAAAUGUAAAUGUAAAAAGGAAGCAUCGUAUUUUAAGCAAGUUACAGUGUUUAGCCUUGGGUUUAGGAUUCCUGAACAACAUUUCAUUGUGUAAGUUAAUGUAAACUCCAUUAACAGAUAAUUAAUUAGAUAAGAUAGAUUGAUUCUCAACAAUUGUUUACAUCAGGGUCAGAAAUUAAUAGAGGCUUUGAAACAAAAUGGUGAACAAAAAUGCCCUCCUAUUUCCAGAUAAAAGGGGAAGACGGGCACUGCAUAAAAAAAACGUACUACAACAGGCGCAAUCUAAAUAAGAUGAAGUGAAAAUGAAUGAAUGUCGAUGACAGCAUUACAUUUUGAUCUGCUACAGCUUUGAGCAUACAGCCAAUCACAGUUCAGCAUAUGAAUAUACUGGCCAAUCAGAGGCAUUCAAUGCACAAUAAAAAAAUAAAAUAAAAACGGAGUUACCUCAUUUUGGAACCAAACUCUUCAUAUAUAUACGUAUAUAUAGUUAAUCAAUGUGCACUGCCCUUGUGAUGUGUCCUGAAUGAGAAGAAAGUUUUUCAGUGUCUGAAUCGUUUUCAUAAAUAUUCUGCACUCCAUCAGCAUUCUGUAAGAGAAAUCUGAUCAAAGAGAACUAGUGUUGUAGUACUCGAGACCGGUCUCAAGACCCUUAUUUGAUGGUCUUGUCUCGGUCUCGACUUAGUGGUCUCGGGAUUUCAUUUCAAGACCAGUCAAGACCACAACUGUGGGAAUCACACUAAAUUGCUGGUGUAUUGUCUGAUUUAUGUGUUAACAUCAUUCAUGUGAUUGGAUGUAAAACUUCUUGCUUUAAAUGCAUUCUCCACUUGUUCCUUAUUUGAUUCUUCUGUAACUUUGGUUACUCUUACUGCUGGUAAAUGAAGAAUGGGGGAUUGUCUUAAAGAAAUCUGUCAACAAAAUGACUACACACAAAGGCCGACAAUAUCGGAGAUGUGAUUGCAAAAAAGGUACUUGUCUAGAACAAAUCUGAACUUUUGUGCAUUUCUGAGCAACACACAGCCAUUUUGCUAUU